GUUAGAAAUGAACAUAGAGAAGCUCUUCAGUCUUUCAGUUAUGGCAAAUGCAAGACUCCAUGGAAGUUAUAACUCACAAGACACAGUGUUGUUACCAGAGACGAUGAGUGAUGGUUGUGAUCAGAGAGUCUGGGACAGUGGGAGUCCUCUCUACGAUACGUACGAGCUCGUCUCUUUUGCUCACAUAAUCGAACGUAGACUACUGCCUUUCUCUCCUCUCAUUAGGCCGUCUAGUUUGAGCCUGCGAUCUCUGAUGGAUAAAGAUAAAGAUGAUUAUUCCUCUGCUUCCAAGACGACCACAAGUUGUAUUCAACGGAGGAAACAUUGGUGGAGUAGAAAGAAGAAUGAGAAAAGGAAGAAAGACAUCAAAAAGAAGAAGAAGAAGAAGAAGAAGAAGAAGAUAUCUGCUUGUAUUUCACGCUGGAGUUCGUCUUACAAGAACUUGUUUGUCUAAUAUGUAACCAAUUGUUUUUUUUCUUGAAGCUGUUUAUCUGAUGAAAAGAGGUUUACUAGGUUGUCUUGAAAAAAUAUAUGUUAUUUUAUGAUUCUUUC